AAGUAGGUAUUAGUGACUUUACGAUUUACUUUUGUUAACACAGUAUUCACAAAAAUAUUCUUCAACGUGUGGAAUGACGAAAAUCUAACCGCAAAAAGGCAACCUGAGAAUUAACUGUAUUAAUCAUUUUUUCUUUUUAGUUUUUCUUUAUCAAGUCUAUCAAAUUAAAAAAAUUUAGUGAUAUUUAAAAUUAUUCUUCUCAAGAUAAUGGUAUUUACAAAAAAAUCAAACAUGAAUCGUAUGUUAUUCGCAGUGUACUUUUUUGGCGUCAUUAUUCUAUUGAAUGCUACGCCCAUGGAGGAUGAUGAAGACAAUAGACCGCUAAAAAAACCAUUUCGCAAUGCUACGCCCAUGACAACAGACAAUAGAGAAAAUACAGUGGGGAAAAAACCAUCCGGUUCUUCAUUAAAGAAAUCAGUAUCUUGCAUUAAUGGCUUAAAUAAUUACCCCCAAUCUAUUUUUAUCUUUCAAAACAAUAUUAAUGAUUUAAUAUUUAAUUUAAUGAAAGCGGAGGAUGAAAGUACCACAUUAAAAAUACAAGCAAAUAAUAUGCAAAUGGCUUUGAAUGCAAUACAAACAAUACAAAACGAAUCUGUUGAUAAAGGAUACCAGUAUCUGUUAAAAGCAACAACAGAUUACGUACUUCCUUUUUGUGGAGGUGAAGAAAUAGUUGAAACUGAAGUUAAAACAAAAAUACAAAAUUUCGUCGACGAUUUCGUAACACGCGUGCAAAAUGAACCUAAAAUUCUAAUAAAAUAAAAGGGUUUUUAACUUAAAAACU